AAGUACAUAUAUCCUAGGGGUAACGACGUCAAAAACGUAAACCCUCGCUCGGAGAAACUUUCCACGAUGGGAUCCUCUGCUCUGUUGGUGUUGUUAGUGCUUCAGUUUGGAGUUGGACAAAGCUCCUAUAAGCAUCUUCAUGAAGAUCAUUACAUUGGCCAGCAGCACAACCCUGAACAUGACAUGAACGUCCUGCUCGGGGAUGAGGACACCGAGGAGAUAAAGAAACUCAGCCCAGCAGAACAGAGGAAAAAGAUCAUGGACAUUGUAAAGAAGAUUGAUACAAAUGCUGACAAUCUGCUGAGUGCAGAGGAGAUCACACUGUGGAUUCAGCACGUCUACAGACAGUAUGCUCUGGAUGAUGCGAAGGAACGGUUCCCUCAGUUUGACACUGAUGAAGACGGUGUUGUAACGUGGGAGGAAUACAACGCGGUCGCUCAUGACCAGCUCGUUAGUUUUGAUGAUACAGCUGUUCUGGAGGAUCCAGAGCAAGAGUCUCUCAGACAUCUCCAUCUGAAGGAGAAGAGGCGCUUUGAUUUUGCUGAUGUGGACAGCACAUCUGGGCUCAAUGUGCCGGAGUUUCUUGCCUUUACCCACCCGUCUGAAGUGGAUCACAUGGCUGAUUUUGCCAUUGAAGAUGUGCUGGGUGAAUAUGACACAGAUAAAGAUGGCUUCAUCAGUCUAAGUGAAUUCAUUGGAGAUGUUCGUGGUGAGGAGGAAUUCCCUUCACAGUGGGAGAUUGAAGAAACUGUGCGGUUUAAAGACCUCUAUGAUCAAGAUAAGGAUGGCAAGCUGAAUCGGGAGGAGCAGCUCCGCUGGGUUGCACCUAAUAGCUACGGUUCAGCAAGAGAAGAGGCUCUUCACCUUCUCAAGGAAAUGGACCAGGACGAAGAUGGGCAGAUCUCAGAGGCUGAAGUUUUGAAAAACCAAGAAACAUUCAUGAACAGUGAAGUGACUGACUAUGGCAGACAGCUACACGUAUCACAUGAUGAAUUAUAGCUGUAUAAUUAUAAUGUAUGUUUAUUAUUAGAGAGUUUUAUCAUUUGUUUUCAUGAAGGUGCAAUGAAGGUUUUAUUUCCUUUGUUGUACUUUCACAUCAGUCAUGGGAUUCACGUCAAUGGCUGGAGAUGGUUGAGCUAAUCUGUAUACAAUCAAUUUGCAACAGUAAGUGGCAUAGAUGAAAUACAGGAAAACAUAUAUUGCAACACAAGUAUUACAGACUCAACCACUCUCUCAAAUGACCAGUGUUGUUUCACCACUUUUCUGACUGAAAAUCUAAACAUAUAUAUAUAUAUAGAUAUUAUAUUAGAUAACAUAAUAUUGUAAGUAACUGUAAUAUUGCAUUCCUGUUAUUUCCCCCCCUCCCUAUGUGCAUAUAGUCCUGAAGAACAAGGGAGGUUCAACUCAAAAUAUGAUUUUAACCACGCUUGGAGAAAUUUGACUUUGUUUUUGUUACAUUUAUAGAACAGGAUAGUUGAAUUGCAACUGUGUAUUGCCAUUACUUGUCCUUUCACAUGCCAAAACUGUGCUUACAUAAGUAUCCGUCUGGUAGUGGUAACGGCUGACAUGUUGCAGCUCUUCCUCAUUUAAAUCAAAUGAGUAAGUGAGUGAGUGUUGCUGGUUUCCUGAAUGUGUCAUGAUCCAUUUUACUUGCAACCAGAAACCGUGUGUUACUCUGCCAAGCUUUAUAAAGUGACUUUAAGUUGAGUGGAUUCUCCAACGGGGACAAGAUGACAUUACAAUUUAAAGAUGCCUUUUGGGUGAGUGAGCGUGGUACAACUUAUCUCUACAUUUGUUACAUGUUUAUGUUUAUGAGUUAAUUGACACAUUGUCAGUUUUUACUGAGGUGUGAAGUCAGCAUUGUAUUCAGUAUGUUCACUGGAGUUUUGAGAUAAUAUCUUUCGUUUAACUUUCCACUUCUGUUGUAUCUAGUUUUUCUUUUUGUGUGCACAUUAUCUAUUGUAGCAUACACAAGUAAUGUAUUUAGUUAUCUGUAGCUUAUCUUUGGCUACAGUUGCCUAAAGUGUUUGUGCUUUCUUUAGACUUCUCAUCUUUGCUUUCUUUCUUUUUCUCGUGUUGAGGCUCACUCAAUGGCUACUGAAUUGUUGCUUUGAUUAAACUAUUAUAUACAUGAA